UUGGGGAAUACUCCCUGACAAAGCGGAGCGCAUCCGCUUUGAAGACUGGCAGACUGCCUCGCAGUAGAUCGGUUAACUAUCAUGGGCUGCAGCUCCUGGAGCUACAGAUUGAGGUCAGUUUGGAGCCGGCAGGCACGCUGUGGGCGGGUCCCCGGGCGGGUUGGGUCCCACCCCAGUGGUUUCCAGCUUGCCCAGCGCAGCACCCCGCAGGCCUAAGCUUUCCCGGGGGAAUUCCGGGCGGUGCGGGCGAGCACUGGGGGCGGGGCAGGGCUGCUGCCUAUAAGAAGGGCUGCGCGCCCGCUCCGGGCCACUGGUUUGCGCUGUUGAAGCCAUGGCGCCUGCCUGCCUGCUUGCGCCGCUGCUGCUGCUGCUCCUCGGAGGCUUCCCCUUGGUCCCCGGAGAGUCGAUUCGAGAGACAGAGGUCAUCGACCCCCAGGACCUCCUGGAAGGCAGAUACUUCUCUGGAGCCCUCCCCGACGACGAAGAUGCUGGCGGCUCGGAUGACUUUGAGCUCUCGGGUUCUGGAGAUCUGGAUGACACGGAGGAGCCCAGGCCCUUCCCUGAAGUGAUUGAGCCCUUGGUGCCACUGGAUAACCACAUCCCUGAGAAUGCACAGCCUGGCAUCCGUGUCCCCUCAGAGCCCAAGGAACUGGAAGAGAAUGAGGUCAUUCCUAAAAGGGCCCCCUCCGACGUGGGGGAUGACAUGUCCAACAAAGUAUCCAUGUCCAGCACUGCCCAGGGCAGCAACAUCUUUGAGAGAACUGAGGUCUUGGCAGCUCUGAUCGUGGGCGGCGUGGUAGGCAUCCUCUUUGCCGUUUUCCUGAUCCUGCUGCUGGUGUACCGCAUGAAGAAGAAGGACGAAGGCAGUUACGACUUGGGCAAGAAACCCAUCUACAAAAAAGCCCCCACCAAUGAGUUCUACGCAUGAAGCUUCCUCCCGCGAGCGCUGCUUGGACUUAUUGGGGAGAGGAGUGGAGGGUUGUGGGUGGCGGGCGUUGGCAGAGAGCAGCAGGCACCUUAAUGCUGACUUGUCAGUAUCUCCAUCUCUAGUCACCUUUCUGGUGUCAGAAGAGAUGUGAUCUUCUACUGUGCUGCCUGAGAGAGAGAGAGAGAGAGAGAGGGAGAGAGAGAGAGAGAGAGAGAGGCUGUGUCUGUGUGUCUGUGUCUCAGUUGCUCUGGCAGAAAAAUGGGGUUAAACUUGCCCUUUCUGAAGGCAAGCCUAGAAUUGGGUCUUUUGUUGUCAUUGUUCCAAAUUUCCAGAAUAGAAUAUAGGACCAGUUUAGAUCCUGUAGUAAACAUGUCCCAUCUAUGACUGCCUUGAUUAUAGAGGCAAGGGGUUACUGUGUGAAUCCCGGCUCCCUUCCACAUGCUGUACACCCUAUCCAUCUGUCAGGAGCUGGGGCAAGGAGCCAGAACCCUCUGCGCCUUGAGAUGAGUCUGCCAUGAGAACUUGCUCACGCUGCAGAGUCUCUGUGGCGUACCUGGGGGCAUUCUAAGUCCAGUGACUUUUGAAAUUCAACCUUUUUUUAAAAAAAAAAAAUCUAGGGAGGGCGGGGUGAAGUGCUGAAAGCUCACACUGAAGUGUGUUUGUAGGAGAUUCAUAAAACUAAGUUUUUAAAUGGUUCAUUCCUUUAUGGGAGCGUCUGCGCCUGGGCUGAGUGUGGGGGAUACACAGAUGUUCUAUCUAGAACAUUUCCAUUGCAACAGCUAAGUUUGUGUUUCGUGGUUUUUUUAUGUUUUGUUUGUUUUUUGAAAAUGAGAGAAGAGUUGGAGAUAUGAUUUUUAUGAUUUUUUUUUGUUUUUUACUAUUUAUAGCUUCAGACAGGGCUGCUUUUCAUCUUUCUAUUGUCCCCCAUGUUUUUUUUUUUUUUUUUUUUUUAAUGCUCCGUGUCCUUGUUUUUGACCUUGGCCCUUCCUGAAGUUGCUUUAUCUUACGAAGUAGCUACAGGGUUCUAGCAGUUUCCAGAAUAUAAUGUAGGGGGAUAGCGGGAUAUUUUUGUUUGUGUUCUUGUAAUAUAUUAUCCUUCCUUGGUUCUAGAAGAAUAGAUAAAUAUAUUUUUUUAGGCUAUAGAAUGAUAUUACAGGUCCCAUGUUGGCUGGAUGGUUGCGUGAGUUUUCGUGUGGCUGAAGAGGCUGCUGCCCUCUUACCUUGCCCUGUUCCCGGUGCCUUCUUGCGAAUGAGCUAGAGUAGUUUAGGGUCCCUGACUCGAACCCUCACUGUGCCUUCUGCCGGGGAGGAGGGGCUCCUGGGCCUGCUUCCUCCAGGCGCUCUAGAUGCACAAUCCAAUACAGUGGCCUCGUGUGGCUGUAUAACUCGGUUCACUUCAGACUACGUGAUUGGAAGUCAUUCCUCGGUUGCACUAGCCACACAAAAUGCUCAGUCACCAUCCCCCGGGCACCGAGGGUUAAGCUGGUUUAGCAGGUCAUUGCUCAGCUUUGCUUGUCUCCCUGGGCAAGGGAAGGGGACCAGGAGAAAGGUGAUGAGGCCCCAGGGACUCCUGUCAUCUGGUACUCUCCCUCUUACAGAGGAGAGAGCUAGUGGCUUAAAAGGCCUGGGGUGGUGGGGAGAUCACACCACUCUCAACCAUACUCUGUUCCUGUGAGGCCCCCAUCACCACCUCCGUGCAGGGUCCUAGCUGGCUGGGUCCUCUUCUAGCCUUGGUGCCUGCUCCUUUUCUGCACCAUUCACACUGUUGUCUGUUACUGAUCUUUUUUUUUUUUUUUUUUGAUAAAAAGAUAAUAAAACCUGGUACUUUCUAGAUU